GGGAUUCUGGGGGGCAGCCACUGGCGCUGGACCCCUUCAUCGCGUCCCCCCCCCACCCGCAGACCUGCACUUCCUGGAGAACCCCUCGAACCAGACCUCGUCCCUGGGCAAGGACGUGCGGCUGCGCUGCGCCGUGCAGCUGAACCAGGAGCUGCCCGAGAUCAGCUGGCUGCGGGACGGGCAGGUGCUGGAACUGGCCGACAGCAACCAGAUGCAGAUGCCCAUAAACGACAAGGUCUGGCUGGCCAUCAGCGAGCUCAGCAUCCCGUCCGUGCAGCUCUCAGACGCGGGCAGCUACCAGUGCGUCAUGUGGGUGAACGGGGAGGAGGUGCUGUCCGACGCCGCCCACCUGGAGCUGGAAGGUCUGCCCUUCUUCUCCGAGGAGCCCCAGGACCUGGAGGUGGCAGCUGACACCCCCUUCAACCUGAGCUGCAGCGCCCAGGGCCCCCCCGAGCCGGUGCGGGUCAUCUGGCUGCAAGACGGGGCCCCCCUCAACUCCCUGGUGGACCCCAUGGCACGGGCGCCCUCCGUGCUGGCCGUGAGCGGUCUGAACAGAAGCGCCUCGUUCUCCUGUGAAGCCCACAAUGCCAAGGGUGUGGCCACCUCCCGGACCGCGGCCGUGACAGUGGUCCCCCAGCGGCCGAGGGGCCUGGUGCUGGUGACGCGUGGCGAGAACACCCUGGAGGUGGGCUGGGAGCCGGGGGCCAGCGGGGCGUCGCCCCUCAGCAUCUGCACCGUCCAGGCCGUGCGCACCGACCAGGACCUCAGCACCGUCCCCCCCGAGGCCAUGUACAACCAGAACCUCAACGUGCCACCCUUCCGUCACCUCAUCCAGGGGCUGGCGCCCUUCGCCUCCUACCACGUCCGCGUGGCCUGUCGCAGCGCGGCCGGCGCCUCCCGCUGGACCCACUGGGUGCCCAUGGAGACCCUGGAAGGGGGUGAGGGGUGUCAACAG